UGUGAUCAGCCCUCUUCACAAAAACCAGUGUUUUCAUAGGUCCGCUCGACUGGCUAUACUUCCCAAGCGUCACUGAUCACCAUGGCUGAAGGGUUUCACGAGGUCAAGUAUGACGAUGGCGACAAGUAUCGCGGCAUGUGGAAUGCUGCUGGCAAGCGUCAUGGCCUCGGCGUCCUUGACUUUGCGGACGGUUCCAAAUAUUCUGGCGAAUUUGUCGAGGGCAUGAACUCGGGCUAUGGCAUCCUCACCCUCAACGAUGGUUCAAAGUAUGCUGGUCAAUUUUCAGAUGGCAAGUACAAUGGCUCGGGCGUCUUCACCAAGUCGGACGGCAUGAAGUACGAGGGUCAAUUCUCUGAUGGCAAGGUCUUGGGUGGCGGUCGUGUGACUUUCCCCGAUGGAUCGCAUGGUCGUCCUCGCCAGGAGGGCUCGUUCCAAGACCGCAAACUCGUUUCAGGUGGCAAGCAGGCUGGCGCCAUUAGCCAGGCCGAGGAUGCCGCCCGCACGGCCCAACAAAAGGCGUCGGAGGCUGAAAGCCAGAAGGGUUAAACUUGCUGAGCUACCUCGCCACGUCUCUUCAUGCCCCCACCGUGCGCAGCCAGAUUCUAUCAUCUGGUUACACUCUCUUUGCUCUGACUCAUCGUGACGAUCCUGUGUUCGUCUUCGGAG